GUUUGGGUGCACACUGCGCUCCGACAACUUGAUACAGAGUAACAGUAAAUCAGACCGAGCAGCUCCUCCGGCAGCAGCACCAGUGAAAUUGUAGCCCUGUUGCGAGUAUUUUUGGCCGCUGAUAGAACCGAGUGAGCUCAUUGCGGGUCUCUUUUCCUCGGCUAUACCCGAAGAGAGAGUUGUCCAGCCCGGGUGGGAGAAGAGCAGAGCACCGCCGCACCGCAGGGUCUUCUCCGCUCUUCUUAUAUUUUUUUCCCGACUCCGUUUCUCGCAUAUAAUUCUAGCACACUGGAAAUGUCCGAAAACAAGCCGAAUGAUGACCCGAAGUUAUCCACGACGGACAGGGUGGUCAAAUCUGUCCCAUUUCCUCCCAGUCACCGGCUGACGGCUAAAGAGGUGUUCGACAGUGAUGGGAAGCCCAAAGUGGACGUGCUCAAAGCCCAUCUGACAAAGGAGGGUCGUGUGGAAGAGUCAGUGGCUAUGAGGCUCAUCGGGGAGGGAGCGGCCAUUUUGAGAGCAGAGAAAAACCUGCUGGACAUAGAGGCUCCAGUCACAGUGUGCGGAGACAUCCAUGGGCAGUUCUUUGACUUGAUGAAGCUGUUUGAAGUGGGAGGAUCGCCAGCAUCCACGCGCUACCUUUUCCUUGGGGACUACGUAGACAGAGGGUAUUUCAGUAUUGAAUGUGUGCUGUACUUGUGGGCCUUAAAGAUCCUUUACCCCAAAACACUGUUUUUGCUGCGUGGGAAUCAUGAAUGUAGACAUUUAACAGAGUAUUUCACAUUUAAGCAAGAAUGUAGAAUUAAGUAUUCGGAGCAAGUGUAUGACGCAUGUAUGGAUGCCUUCGACUGCCUUCCCCUGGCUGCACUUAUGAACCAGCAGUUCCUCUGUGUACACGGGGGCCUGUCUCCAGAAAUCACAAAUCUCGACGACAUCAGGAAAUUAGACAGAUUCAAAGAGCCUCCAGCUUAUGGGCCCAUGUGCGACCUGCUGUGGUCUGACCCCCUCGAGGACUUCGGAAACGAAAAGAGCCAAGAGCAUUUCACACACAACACAGUCCGGGGAUGCUCCUACUUCUACAGCUACCCCGCGGUCUGUGACUUUCUACAACACAAUAACUUAUUAUCUAUCAUCCGGGCUCAUGAAGCACAGGAUGCAGGAUAUCGCAUGUACAGAAAGAGUCAGACCACUGGCUUUCCUUCGCUUAUCACCAUAUUCUCCGCACCCAACUACUUAGAUGUCUACAACAACAAAGCGGCGGUGCUCAAGUACGAGAAUAACGUCAUGAACAUCCGACAGUUCAACUGCUCGCCUCAUCCGUACUGGCUCCCCAACUUCAUGGACGUCUUCACCUGGUCCCUGCCUUUUGUCGGAGAAAAGGUGACCGAAAUGCUUGUGAACGUUUUGAGCAUCUGUUCCAACGAUGAACUCACGACUGACGAGGAGCUGGACGGUGCCACGGCUUCAGCCCGAAAGGAGGUCAUCCGCAACAAGAUCCGCGCCAUUGGGAAGAUGGCCAGGGUAUUCUCUGUGCUCAGAGAGGAGAGUGAGAGCGUGCUGACUCUGAAGGGCCUGACCCCCACGGGCAUGUUACCAAGCGGAGUCCUGUCUGGAGGAAAGGAGAAGUUAGAAAAUGCCAUCAAGGGCUUCUCUCCACAACACAAGAUCUCCAGCUUCGAGGAGGCCAAAGGUUUGGACCGGAUCAAUGAGCGGAUGCCCCCACGCCGAGAUGCCCUGCCGUCAGACGCCAGCCUCAACUCCCUCAACAAGGCCCUGUCCUCAGAGACCAACGGCACCGAGCCCAAAGGCAGCACGAGCGGCAGCAGCAUCCAGUGAGCUGCCCCGCCUCCAGGGGGCGCCCCCGCUGCCCUGGAUAUGCCUUCGAUCUUAGUUUAGUCCGUCUAUAAGUUAUCGCCGGUUGAUUGGAUGUGGUCAGGCCUUAGGGCAGACCCACUCACAGUAUGUCAGACAGAGACAGAGAGAGUACCGUGUUAGCGCUCAUUGAAAGACCCAUUUACAACAGAAGGAAAGUUGUUCUUACUAACUAUUGUACGUUUACAAAAUACAGCACUAAGAGGACACAUGAGAUCAUGUUUUUAACAUAAGGGUGUACAAACUAAAUAAGGACUAUUUAUUGAUAACUUUUUUUGCUACUCUUAUAAAAUAGCUCUGAAAUGAAUUAGGCAGUCUUAAAAAGAAUGUUGCAAUGUUGUCGAAAUGCCAAACGAUGGAUCGUUUUAUGGUUUUGUACAUAUUCUUGCUUACCUCAGGUUCUUUUGGUGUGUGCUUUGACCUGAUUUUUCUGUAUAAUGGCUAAAUAACUCGGUAAUGAAUACCUAUUUUCUUGAGUUUCUUAACUGGAAUUUACAUUUACCUAUCUAUCAUUUGCAAAUAUGUUUAUUUUUGUCUCUUUUCGAAAGGGAGGGGGGUAGAUUUAUUGUGGCUUGCUGGAACUGAGUGUUAAUUUCUCUCUUUUUAAGUAUUGCGAACAAAGUAAAAAUAGAGAACCUAUAUUGUGUAAAAAAAAAUAAUACAAUAAUAAUAAAGUGUCUGCCUAUGCAUGUUUUAUAAAAAUCAAAGGACAGAAAUAGAACAUCUGAAAACGUUUGGCUGUGGAGGCCUGUUUUGAACUGCGCUUUAGUGAACCUAUACUGGAACUGUAUCCUGCGUACUUUAAACAACCACCACCAUGACGCUCUAUGCCUUCUUUUUGUAAUUGAAGCAUUUAAUUAUCUAAAGAUGGAUGAGGAAAUUGUAUUUUUAACAGGCGCUUGUCAGUGCACAGUCCAAAUACGCAUGUUUGACAAUUCUUGUGAGGUUGUGUGAUUACAUGUGGAACUCAAAAUGCAUGAUUAGCUGUUAGCUGUGUCCAUAUACCAGGUUUUAAAAAUACAACUGAUUUUAUGUUCUGUUUUGUAAAAUUGUGCCACAGAAUUGUCCUUUAUUAUUUAGAAAUCUGCUUUGUAUAUCAGUUACAGGUUUGAUACUGCUCCGUACUUUAAACAAGGAAAAAAAAAUACUUAGAUCUUUUUUAAGAACUGCUUAAGUGCCCAAGUAAUUCACUACACAACAUGAAGCCUUGCUUUUUGUAAUUUAACUUCGGAAACUGUUGGCAGAUGAGGCAUGCACUUGCAACUAUGAAAAGUAUUUUAUAUAACUGUUCAAUAAAAAUGUGCAUGAACUUGA